AAACAAGCACCACUUUUCACUCUCGAGUCUUGUGACUUUGCCCUCCUCCUCUUUCCUUCUAGCACCCACAUCGAGGCAAUUUCUGUUUUGAUUUAUAAGUUUUCGUUUUGUCAAAUAUUCUUUGCCUCCGCAAGUGGGUGUGAGAGAAACAGAGAGUUUAGAGAGAGAGAGAGAGAGAGAAUAGCAGAGACUAGAGAGAGAAAGAGAGAGGAUUUGGGAAAGUGGAAAUCCCUAUGCGGAGAGUGGAUUUCUGGGUCUUCACCAAAGUUUCACGGUGGCCCAGGAUCUCCGAUCUCAUGGGAUAAGAGCAAAAUAAUUUGGAAAAAUUUAGGAAAAAAAAAUGAUGGGCAGUUUCAUUUUAAGUGAUGAGAGAGAGGAUCAAUUUUAUGAUGCUCGUGAGGACCUUUCUUCUGUGUCUGAAUGGGAUUCUGAUUGCUCCGAGGACUGUAAAUCGAGUGUUUCGAGUAGAUUAAGGUACGAGGUUUGGGCUGAGAAACUGGGUAGUGUUAUGGAGAGGCGUAGGAAGUUCUUGAGAUGGAUGGGUUUGGAUUUGACUGAGGAUUUUAUUGCGAAUGAGGACAAAAGAAGAGGACUUUCUUGUGAUGAGAUUGAAUUGGAUGUUGAUAGAGUUAAGGAAAACAGUGGGACUGUGCUCAGACUUUCGGUUUUCAAAGAGGUGAUAUCGUUGAGCGAGUCUAGUAGCGUGUCUUCCUCAUCGAAUGAGGCUUCGGAUUCGAUGGAAAACGGUGCUCUGCAAGAGAAUUUCUCGUGUAAAGUUGGGAAUUCGAAUGACGGACCGGAGUUUUUGAAGGAGGAAUUUGGCCUAGAUAGAAUGGUCGGCAGGUUAUGCGUAGCCCGUUCGGAGCAAUCGGGAAUCUCUGAGGAGGUUCGGAGAGACCACAGCCGGUCUCUUUCGGUUGAGGAUGCUAGGUACUUUGUUGAUGUCAGAAAGAAAGUCAAGAAGGGUUGGCUGAGAAGAUUAGGUGUUGGGAUGUGCGUUGUCGAUACGAAUGGAGAUGCUGUUCUUAGUCCCGGUGAUGUUCAGCCGAAGAUCGGAACGGGGAUGCAGAGGGUUCAGGUCUAUCCAUACAAAAAGCGGACCAAGGAACUCUCUUGCCUUCAUGCUGGACAAGAGUUUAAAGCGCACGAGGGUUCGAUACUUAAAAUGAAGUUCAGUCUUGAUGGACAUUACUUGGCAAGUGCCGGUGAAGAUGGUAUCGUGCGUGUAUGGAAAGUGAAUGAAGAUGAGAGGUCAAAGAAAUUCGACGUUGCUGGUGAUUCUUCGUGCCAGUGUUUCACAAUUGAUCACUUGUCCAAGUUAAGUCCUUUGGAGGUGGAUAAAGAGAAACACAGUAAGGUAAAUAAGUUAAGGAGAUCGUCCAAUUCAGCUUGUAUCAUUUUCCCUCCUACAAUCUUCAAUAUACUGGACAAGCCUCUGCAUGAAUUCCGGGGACAUAGCGGUGAAGUGUUGGAUCUCUCAUGGUCAAGCAAAGGGUUUCUGCUCUCAUCUUCUAUUGAUCAGACGGUUCGUUUGUGGCAAGUGGGAAGUGAUAGAUGCCUUAGAGUUUUUUUUCAUAAUAAUUAUGUAACUUGUGUUGAUUUCAAUCCGCUGGACGAUAAUUAUUUCAUCAGUGGCUCAAUAGAUGGAAAAGUUCGCAUCUGGGAAGUUCGUCGCUGUCGGGUUGUUGAUUACAUUGAUAUUCGAGAGAUAGUCACUGCUGUGUCCUAUCGCCCUGAUGGAAAGGGGGGAAUUGUUGGCACCAUGACGGGCACCUGUCUUUUCUAUAAUAUCAUAGACAAUUGUCUGCAAUUGGAUGCUCAAGUUUUCUUACAAGGAAAAAAGAAGUCAGCAGGCAAGAGGAUUACUGGAUUUCAGUUUACUCCAAGUGACUCAAACAAAGUCAUGGUCACCUCUGCCGAUUCGUUAGUCCGUAUAGUCUGUGGGAACAAUGUCAUCUGCAAAUUUAGAGGUGUUCGAAAUGCAGGAAGCCAGAUGCCUGCAUCAUUUACUUCAGAUGGGAAACACAUUGUCUCGGCAACCGAGGAUUCAAAUGUCUACAUCUGGAACUACACGAACCAAGAGAAGACUUCUUCGCGAACAAAGAACAUAUGGUCUUCUGAGAGUUUCCUGUCGCACAAUGCAUCGAUUGCAAUACCUUGGUGUGGUUCAAAAACUACACCGGAUGCAAUUCCAUCCCCAGCACUCAUUGGGGACACGCGAGGAAGUGGACUCGAGCAUGGUCAAAAGCAUCCCUAUCUUGAGGAGCAUCCACAACAGAAAGUGCCCAUCUCUUCGCCCGAUUGUUUCCGUGGGUUUCUGGAGUCCUUGCCAAAGGGAACCGCAACUUGGCCCGAAGAAAAACUUGUCAACUCAAGUCCCAUGGCAAUCUCUCCCACAACGCUUACCUCCAAGUUCAGGUUCUUGAAGAGCGCUUUGCAGAGUAUGUCCGGUUCUCCUCACAUGUGGGGUCUUGUGAUAGUAACCGCCGGCUGGGAUGGACGGAUUAGAACCUUCCUCAAUUACGGGCUGCCAAUUCGCAUAUGAAACCUUUCAGUUUCACGAUAGGUUGGUAUUUCUCGAACAGCGGCAAUUUCACAUUGCUGCAAAAAGCAGUUAGUUUAGAAUCAAAUUGUGUUGUAUAUGCAUAUACGCAAAUGCAAUAUAGAUAUAUAACAGUCUAUUGAAAAGGGGUUCGUUUAUUCAUGACUAAGGGACUAAGGGAUUAACAAGUGUAUUUAUAUAAAAACAAGAUCAAGUCAGAUAAUAACACAGAAAGCAGCGGUUUGUCUAAUCCAAACUGUAGACCCAGACCGGUUCAGUUUGAUUGGCUGGCUGGGCGUUGCUAUCCUUCUGUUUUGUAUUGUUUUCCAUGGAUAUAAUACAGGUCAAUCAUACGAUUCUUUGAUUUGUUACUCAAGGACUGUCAGCCCAAGAUUGGUUGAGGUUGCAUGUGGCAAUGGUCCCUUGUGUUUGUAAUUUGUAUACGAAGACUACAAAGUUGUGUGCAUAAUACAGUUUGUCUGUGGGCCUUUUCCUCAUACCUUUAUACGGGAAUGAUUGUAUGUUUAUUCAAAUUUCAUUUAUGGAAUUUUUGUUUCCUUAUUAU